UUUGUGAAUGGCCACUCCAUAUGGGCAUGGAAGAAGCACAUUUAUUUUCACGUGUUUGAAUGCAGCAUUGAGACCCAGACAAUAAUUUAGAAAUGGCUCUUAAACGAUUAAAAACAAAAAAAUCCAAGCGUUUGACUGGUAAACUCAAGCACAAGAUUGACAAAAAGGUUCGUGAACACAACCGCAAGGAACGUCGGGAGGCAAAAAAGAAUACCAAGAAAGGCAGCAAAAAACAAAAACUAAUACAAAUACCAAACAUUUGCCCGUUCAAAGAUGAUAUACUUAAGGAAGUGGAGGAGGCAAAACAACGCCAGGAAGUUGAACGUCAAACCCGUCGAGAUAUGAUUAAAGCUGAACGCGAAAAAAACAAAUUCAAGUCGCUAGAGUCUAUGGUGGAAGACGCCGACAUGCGGAGCACUGUGCAUGGCAUCAUGCAUGAAAACAGCGCUGAUAGCAAUAUAAAUGAAAAAAUAUACAAGAACGCAGCCACAAAGGAGCAGUCAUUAAAGCAGUACUUUAAAGAAUUUCGCAAAGUAAUUGAGAAUGCUGACGUUGUACUGGAAGUGGUCGAUGCACGCGAUCCCCUUGGCACAAGGUGCAAUGAAGUUGAGCGAGCAGUGCGUGCUGCUCCUGGAAACAAGCGGCUGGUGCUCAUUUUGAAUAAAGCUGACCUUGUUCCAAGGGAAAACCUUAAUAAUUGGAUCAAGUACUUUCGGCGAAGCCUUCCCGUCACUGCGUUUAAAGCUUCCACACAAGAUCAGGCAUCAAAAUUAGGGCGACGAAAGCUGCGCGACAUGAAGAGCGAAAAAGCUAUGCAGGGAUCUGUCUGCAUUGGAGCAGAAUUGCUUAUGUCUAUGCUUGCAAACUAUUGUCGCAAUAAGGGCAUUAAAACCUCGAUUCGCGUAGGAGUUGUUGGCAUUCCGAAUGUAGGCAAAAGUUCCAUCAUAAACUCGCUAACCCGAGGACGCUCAUGCAUGGUUGGAAGUACUCCUGGGGUCACUAAGGCUAUGCAGGAAGUUGAACUUGAUUCAAAAAUUAAGCUUAUAGAUUGUCCUGGCAUUGUUUUUACAAGUAUUGCCAGCGAUAGUAAUCAAAGUGCGCACGCUGUUUUAAAGAAUGCUCAGCGUGUGGGUGACGUUAAAGAUCCUUUCAGCAUAGCCGAGAGCGUUUUGAAGAGAGCCAGCAAAGAGUACUUCUGUAAAAUGUACGAUAUUACCAACUACGACACAUUUGAGGAAUUCUUCGCAAAAAAAGCAGCCAGAAUGGGAAAAUUUUUAAAAAAGGGUGUUCCAGAUGUGGUGGCCGCUGCUCGUAGUGUUCUAAACGAUUGGAACACUGGAAAAAUCAAAUAUUGUACUCAACCACCUGAAGUUAUUGAGAAUACGAAUGCACACAUAAGCGCCUCGAUUGUACAUGCCGAGGCGCGCGAAUUCGAUGUAAAUAACUUUGAGUCGAUGGAGACCGACAUACUGAAUCAGUGUCAUGAGAAAUCCGAUGACAUCAUGGAGAUAACAUCUACAGGUCCACUUGAGUUGAGGGUACCGCGUGAAGAUACAGAGGUGGUUUCUGCACAAAUAACUGAAAAUGAACCGCCUUUAAAAGGUCGUAAAAGAAAAUUGGACGACGAUAAAAAGGAAAAGCCAGAUCCUGUCCUAUUGCUUGAAGAGAAUCAAUCAAUUAACAAAAACAUUAAAGAGCUACAAAAGAAAAAGAAGAAACAAAUUGUACGAAACGAGAAAAAGAUUUCAAAAAUAACCGACGUUUUGGACAGCUUUAGUUUGGGUGCAUCCUCGUCUAAUGCAGAUAAAUACGACUUUGACCAGGAUUACAACAUUGAAUGAUCGUAAUAUUAGAA